AUGCAAUCGACUCGGGAAGUAAACCAACUUUUGCACACCCUACGUGGAGAACAGUUCCGUCAUUCACAAAAUCUGACCAAUUCCCGUUCACAUCUUUCAUAUAUACCUAAUACCAACUCCCCUACGUUACCUAUAGGAUUAACGAUUCCUGAAUAUGACGAAUCGGGUUCCACUGAAGGCACGCGAAGAUCGAGACCUUUGCCUUUGUAUUCUGGUCCAGCUCCUCCAAAAAGCUGGAUUCCAGCACCUGAAAAUGACAUCAAGGACACUUUUCUUUGGCGUGCAAAAGCAUUGGAUAUUGUCGCCCCGCAUCUUGACAACUUUAUGAACUCGCCUCGGGUUCCCUCUCUGGCCUUGCUUUGCAUGCAAUUGAUAAUUUCAGGAUGUAAAAACAGCAAGGCACUUCAGGAGGAUGUAGUGCCAUUCAUACCACCCCACCUUCGACGCGAUUUAAUACGCCAUUGUGCAAUACAUGCACCGCUACCUGAAUGGAAGCUUUAUGCCCUGCUCAAUAGUAAUGGCCAUACCGACGGUGAAAUUAUCGUCAUGGGCCCCACGGCGUAUCUUCGAGAAGACCAUUUUCUGCGACAAAUGCCAUCGUCACAAGACGCGCGUCAUUCUUCUCAUACAGAGAAAGUAGAUCGUGACUGGGAAGUAGAGGAUGAGUCUGAACGGCCUUUGCGUUCCAUCGUCCUUGUAUCCACCCGAUUAUACACGUCGACAUUGUUGACAUUCCCGCCCUCAAUAACACUCCUAGCUCUUAUUAACCUACCUACAUCAGUAUCACUUCACCGACUGCCAAAACUAUGUCCAUUAAUCGCCGUAUUAGAUCUAUCGUUUAAUUUUUGGCUCAACGAUGCAGUAGGAGGUGCAACUUACGCCUUAGAUAAGAUUGAGUGGGUACGAUGGGGACAUUUGAAGGUGUUGGGUUUGAGAGGUUGUUUUGUGUCUACUGAAUUGCUCAAGAAAAUUAACGAAGGUAGAUGGGAUGAUAUAGAUUCCAUCAGAGAGGCGCGCGUAGAGCCUACAUCGCGAUCAAAGAAGGCAAAACUUGUCUGGAAAUAUCUUGUUAGGUGGAAGGGUUAUAAGCCAGAAGAUGAUACGCGAGUAAUGAUUUUUAGACUUGCUAACUCACCUAACGAUCGAGAAAUAUAUAGGUGGGAGCCAGCAGAGUCAUUUGUUGGCUCUGAGGACAUGGUAGAAGCAUUUUGGGAACGCGCGAGAACAAAUGGGAGAGAUAGAAACGAUAUGUCACUGUUUAAGUCAGGAGAAACCUUUCGUCCCAUUGGGCCUCCCAAGCGCUCCAAACGUAAAUCAACAAACGACCAACCUGAAUCAGGUUCACCUAAAGCAAACUCUUCACCAGAACAAGUGGAACUGUCUGUACACAGCAGCUCGGGGAAACGUCGUCGCAGCUCCCCGGAGUUACUGGAGAGUCCGCGAAAAUCCCAGCGAUUAACACGAAAUGAUUUAGCUCAUCAAGCUCAACAAAUUCCCGCUUCGGAAGAGACUCUCAACCGUCGUCUAAAUCAAGGCGGUAAAACACAAAGCAGUCAAGCCAAAGGAUCUGCCACUCGCAAACAGAAAAAAUCACUUAAAAUACCAUCUCCUGAAAUUAUCCCUGACUCAGAUGUGGAGAUGAAUCCUUCAACCUCUGCGAACCCUGUGAAAGAUUUUGGAGAGCAAUCGUCGGUGGACGCAUUGCCACGUGGGCAGUUGGUUAAGGCCCAAGAAACAAAUUUACCGCUCCAUCGCGCUCGAGCAGACAAUCCGUUGGUUAAGGUGAUCGAUUAUUCGGAGACCACGGGCAUACCAAAUGCCAUUCCUUCUAAAACGCAUGCCGUCGAACGCUUCAAUACAAUUUCUUCAUCAAGCGUAGAUACUAAUCAAGCCAAACGUGCAAGGCCUGGACCGGGACGAUCGUCUGCAGGACUUAAAAGACCAGUAAAAAAUACCAGUUCCCUCCUAAUCUCUGAGAAAGGCUCCCUUAAAACGAUUAAGGGAAGACACUCAAGAGAGACAGCAGGCAGCCCAACUAAGGAAAUCGAUGUUGUUGACCUUACAGACAAUGUGCCUACCCAAGAGAUAGAAACUUCUGCGCCCGAAGUUGCUCCUUCUGGACCAGAGCUGUUACAACUAGCAGGCUUUGAUACGAAAGCGGCUGAACUCCCAGACUUUGACGAGGAUGAGAUUGAUGGCGAAAAAGUUCAACAACAACUUAAUCCCGAUGGUAAUUCAAGUUUAUCGUCAGAUAUUUUAAAACAGGCAGACGAAACAUCUACCCCUGAAACCCAUAGUCGAGCACCAGAAUUUAUUGAAACACGAAAUGGAUCUACAAUAUUUGGUCGAUUUAAUCUAGGCUCCGAUCCAACUAAAAUACCAGAGCAAACGAAACCAUCACGUCUAGUUGUGAUUCUUGACGCCUCGGUUUCUAUUCCUAUCCUUUUGGACGAGACAGCUACUUUGCCAAACCCAAUGAGCCUAAGGGUUGGAGGCACUGGGAUACCGGGAAAAUUUUACAAUCCAAAUGCAGCAAUAACGCUCCUUGGAACAGUUCGUGCAGGAGGCGCUUUUGCCUUGGCUGAUAUGGACCAGGAUGCAAAUGACGAAGAGACGAAACAUUUUACACGGUUUUCCUCCCGCCUUGGAGCAGGCGACAUUUUUGUUGCCGUUGCCGGAGUGAUACCUUUGCAUUUCUUCUACAUGCUACGUCGAAUUCCUACCACCUCAGAUGGAAAGACAUUGGAUCGUCUACAAGAUAGCACACGCCUCAAUAAGCCGUUCAAACCACCCACUUUAGCAGUUCCAAAGCAUGUCCAGCCGUCGCGUAAGCGAAAGCGCGCUGUUUCAUAUAAGGAAGAUGUAGAGGACGGCUCUGGAUCCGAGUCCGAGCAUUCUAAAAAGAAACAGAAGAAGUCCAUGGAUAAAGACGGAGUGUAUCAUAAUGAGGCAGACCUACUCGCAGCGAUACCCAAGUAUCCGGUGUAUUCGGUAAAGCCAUUCAACGAGGUCAGCUCUCGUCGAUUCUCUCUACCGACCAUGGUAAAUAAGGAUGGGAAGCAAAUCACUCUAUUUCCUACCCACGCUUCUCUUGGCGUUCGCCCACCAGCUAAGAUUAUUCCCCGGCCACUCCAUGAUCCUAUGGAGGAUCACGCCAUUGUGUUGUACGAUCCAACAAUCGACGAUCGCGAAACGGACGAGGAAAGGAAGGAAAGAGAGAAGGAAGAGGCUAAAGAACGCGAAGCUAAAGAGCUCAGGGAGAAGAUGGCAGGCAUGUAUAACCCGCACAAGAGUUUGAAAUCGCUAUUGGGAGAAGGAACGGACAAGGCCAAGGUCAGCAAAGUUCCAGUGGUCAUUGAUCCAAGGCUCUCCAAAGUGCUUCGACCACAUCAAGUUGAAGGUGUCAAGUUUCUGUACAAAUGUACAACUGGGAUGCUUGUCGAAAACCAAUACGGUUGCAUUAUGGCCGAUGAAAUGGGGCUGGGAAAAACUUUACAAUGCAUUGCACUUUUAUGGACCUUGCUGAAGCAGUCGCCACGAGCAGGAAAGCCAACGAUAGAGAAGUGCAUCAUUGUCUGCCCCUCGAGUUUGGUUAAAAACUGGGCCAACGAACUGGUAAAAUGGCUAGGUCCAGAUGCAAUAACACCUCUUGCUGUUGAUGGGAAAGGAACGAAGGCACAACUAUUGGAAGGCGUAGCCAGAUGGGUUGCAGCGCGUGGACGAAAUGUGACGCAGCCAGUAAUGAUUGUAUCUUAUGAGACUCUUCGCACACUGACCCCAUAUAUCGCAAACUGCGAGAUUGGUUUAUUACUUUGUGACGAAGGACACAGACUGAAGAAUUCAGAAUCCCAAACAUUUCAAACACUAUUCAGCUUGAAGGUUUCGCGCCGCGUCAUUUUGACUGGCACGCCGAUUCAAAACGAUCUUUCCGAAUAUUUUUCUCUCCUCAACUUUGCCAAUCCCAACUUCCUGGGCUCCAAGAAUGACUUUAGAAAAAACUUCGAAAAUGCAAUUAUACGCGGAAGAGAUUCUUUGGCAAGCGAUGAAAUCAAAGCCCAAUGCGAAAAGAAACUAAAGGAGUUGGGUGGCCUUGUCACAAAAUUCAUCAUCCGUAGAACCAACGACCUUUUGUCCAAAUAUUUGCCUGUCAAAUACGAGCAAGUUGUCUUUUGUGGCUUAUCCGAUUUCCAGCUAUCCCUCUAUAAUCAUUUUAUCACUUCUCCUGAAAUCAAGGCGCUCCUUCGCGGACAAGACUCACAACCUCUAAAAGCUAUUAACAUACUGAAGAAACUAUGCAACCAUCCCGAACUUCUUAAUUUGCCCGACGACCUCAAAGGAAGUGAAAAACUAAUACCAGAAGGUUUCAAUGGGGCAGGAAGUGGCGCAAAAGACAGAGGACGCAAUCAAACUGUACGCUGCGACUGGAGCGGCAAAUUCUUGGUUUUGGAGAGGUUCUUGCAUCAAAUUCAUACUCAAACCGAUGACAAGAUCGUGUUGAUCAGCAACUAUACCCAAACGCUCGACCUAUUCGAGAAACUUUGCCGAAGCAAAAAAUAUGGGUUCUUCCGGCUUGAUGGAACGAUGACGAUUCCCAAGCGUCAGAAACUCGUUGAUCAAUUUAAUGAUCCUACAGGCAAAGAGUUUAUUUUCCUCCUCAGCAGUAAAGCAGGUGGUUGCGGCAUUAACCUCAUUGGAGCCAACCGCCUCAUCCUCUUUGAUCCUGAUUGGAACCCUGCAGCAGAUCAACAAGCAUUGGCUCGUGUAUGGCGUGAUGGCCAAAAGAAAGAAUGUUUUGUUUAUCGUUUUAUCUCCACGGGGACGAUAGAAGAGAAAAUCUUUCAACGACAAGCGAACAAGCAGGCUCUCUCCUCUGCAGUUGUGGACGAAAAGGAAGAUGCAGAACGUCAUUUUUCCCUCGAUGCCCUCCGUCAACUUUUUAUUUUUAACCAAAAUACCCUGUGUGACACGCAUGAUACAUUUAAAUGCAAGAGGUGCAAAGAUGGUAGACAGAUGGUUAAAGCCCCUGCUCUACUCUACGGAGAUGCAAGCACAUGGAAUCAUUUCACGAACAGUGAACUGAAAAAUAACCACGACGACCUCCUUCGGGCAGAGACUGGGCUUCCAGAAGUUUCUUUUGCUUUCCAAUAUAUCAGUCAUUAG